UCUAAUUCAGUUCGAUAGGAUGGGCAUUAAGGGGAAAAUGUAUAAUUGGAUAGAUGGAUUUUUUACUCAAUAGGAUUAUUCAAGUGAGGGUUGGGACAAGUUAUUCCAGGAUUUUCGUAUACUAUUGAUAAUGAAACACCACAAGGUAGUGUGUGUGGCCCAGUGUUAUUUAAUAUCAUGAUUAAUGAUACAUUUUCUAAAGUUGGACACGGUAUUGGUAAAUCCCUGUAUGCAGAUGACGGUGCUUUGUGGAAAAGUGGAAUAAAUAUGGCACGUGUGGUAAGCUGUAUGCAGAAAGAAAUCAAGAAGUGGAGAAGUGGGCUAACAAAUGGAGCUUUAGGAUGUCUAUAGAGAAAACAAAAGUAUUGUGUUGUUCUAAGAAAAAUAAAUGACCAAGUGUUGACCUCAAACUAUAUGACAAGGUAUUAGAGCAGGUCUCUGAAAUGAGGUUUCUAGGGGUCUGGUUGGAUUCAAGACUAACGUUUGCAUCGCACAUCAAGAAACUAGUAGAGAAAUGUAAAAAAGGAAGUAACGUUCUCAGGUGUCUUGCAGGAGUAGACUGGGGUGCAACGCGUUACUCUUUGAAGAGAAUAUACUGUGCAAUGAUAAGGCCAAUUAUAGACUAUGGUGGCAUAGUAUACAGCUCAGCAGCGUCAUACCUACUAAAGAAAGUGAAUGGAGCACAAUCUCAGGCACUGAGAAUAGCAUGUGGAGCAUUUAGAACAUCUCCAAUUUCAGCAUUUUAAAUGGCAGGAAUGCCUUUAGAAAUCCAGAGAAGUAAACUGAAAAUGGCACACUGGUGCUCUUUAAGGGGACACAUAGAUUCUCAUCCAGUUAAGGAUGUGUUAAGAGAAUGUUGGGAGCAUGAGUAUACUAGCUUUAAUAGUUUUGGGUGGAAUGGCGAUAAAGAUGCAAAGGAUAUAGGUAUAGAUGGUAUUGUCAUGAGAAAUACGGAAGUCACGUCAAUAAUAUCCCCUUGGUUGUACAGAAUGCCUGGUGUGGAUCUCCAAGUGAACUGCAUAAAGAAUGAUAAGAACAGGUGUUUAGGAGUAGCAGAGAACAAUUAUUUGACCCAGAAGUAUAAUGAUAGUGUCCAGAUAUAUACAGAUGGGUCCAAAAAUAUAGAAUCAGGAAAUACAGCAUCGGCUACAUAUACACACCUUAUAUGGGUCAUAACAUUGUUAAAAGGCUUUCUAAUGAUGUUUCAGUAUUUACAACAGAACUAGUGGCAAUAUUAAUGGAAAUAAUGUGGGUGGAAGAAUCAAAUAUCAAACAUGUAGUCAUAUGCUCGGAUUCUUUUUCAGCAUUGUGCAGUUUAAAUAGUGGUAAAUCAGAUGCUAGACAAGACAUCCUAUGCGACAUAUUACAGAUCCUACACAGAAUGAAUCCGCUAGAUACAUGUGUUACAUUUAUAUGGGUACCAGCUCAUGUAGGAGUGGAAGGGAACGAGUCGGUGGAUAAAAUGGCAAGGGAGGGAUUGAAGAAGAAUGAAGUUGAUAUUAAGAUACCGUUAAGCAAAGCUGAAGCAAAGUGUAUAAUAAAGAGAGCUGUUUUAAGCAUAUGGCAAGAGAAAUGGAAUAAGGAGUUAAAAGGAAGACACCUUUUUAGUAUCCAAGAUAAGGUAGGGAGUGAAAGGAGUAAAUAUGGAACCAGAAGAGAUCUUUUCGCCAUCUUGCAUUGGAGUGGCUUGGAUCGUGACCUGAUUGGAAGGCAAGUUAGAUUUGAUUAAAUGUGUCUGUUUUUAGCAUAUGUAAAUGUGUUAUUAGUGAUGUCUAUAAUGUAUUACACUGAUUUCAAUACAUAGUUAUGAAUUUUUUGUCUAGGCCACUAGGUAGCUAUCGUUUACUGUCAUGGCUCUGCUUCAUUUAGUCAUGUUUUUCUUGGUCCUGUAGCAGAGCCAUGACAAAGUCUGUGGUUAUGUGUGGUGAGAAACGCCCCUCUCGUUUCCUGUAUUGUCUCCCUGCCGUGUCUUAUGUUUCACACCUGCCCUCGCUCGUUAUCCUUCAUUUGUCUUACCUAUUUAAUGCCCUCUUGUUUCAUUGUCUCUUUGCUCGUGGAUUGUACUGUGUACGUUUGGUCUUCGUUUGUUGUGCAUACCGGUUUGAUGUCUACCUUACGCUCCAUGUUCGCUGUGUCCUGUGUUCCGGUGUUUUGCUGUGAAUCCCCUGUCUUAGUAAGUGUUUAGUUUAGCCCUUUGUCAAGUAUUGUCUAGUUUAGUGUUAGUUAGCCUAGGUCCUGUUGAGUCGUUUAUUAUUUUGUUACCUUUUCGUUUACCUCCUCGUGGGUGUUUUGUUUCUGUUUUUGUUAGUAAUGAAGUCUUGUUUGUUAACCCCGUCAUUGCCUGCCUGCAAUUGGGUUCUUCUUCCUACCAAUCCCUGACAGAAUCCACGAGCCAUACAUAGAACCCAGCGGGCGGCAUGGAGUCGGACGAGGCGUACAGGAGCCGCCAGGCUCACGUCCUGUUCGGCUUCCGCCAGAGGGGGACCCCGUGAAAGACUUCGCCAUGGACUUCCUGUCCACCACGCGCUACUCUGGGUUCACCGAGGCAGAGUUGAAAGUAAUAUUCAACAGCUGCCUCGAUGAACCCUUCGAGCCAGCUGAGAUGCGCCGGUUGAGACACCUGGACUUCGCGGACCAGGUCGAACUCGCGAUGAAUCGUGAGGAGCCCAGGGGAAUGUCCAUGGCGGAGCCUCUCAUGGGGCUGGCGGCUAUCCCCGAGGACGGUCCCUUGCGGAUCAGGUUUGUGGGCGUCGCCACACCGUCCUCUCCGCCGCCAGCGAGCCUCGGCGGGAAGCGGGGGAGACGUGAGUCCUGGGGCUCCACGUCUGAGGAGUCCCAGCCGGAGCCAGCCGCACCCUUUGCCUCUUUCCUUCAGCCGACCUCCAGGCCGGUGGCUCGGCUGAAGAGAAAGAGGCAGCGGCGGGCAGCACGGACUUCCCUCCCUGCCGGAGCAGCAGCCGGCAUCUCAGCCGGUGCAGCAGCCGGUGUCCAGCCCGGUGUCCAGUCCGGUAAUACAGUCGGCAUCCAGUCGGCGUCCAGUCCGGCGUCCAGUCCGGUGAUCCAGCCGGCGUCCAGUCCGGUGAUCCAGCCGGCGUCCAGUCCGGUGAUCCAGCCGGCGUCCAGUCCGGUGAUCCAGCCGGCGUCCAGUCCGGUGAUCCAGCUGGCGUCCAGUCCGGUGCAGCCGGCGUCGAGUCCGGUGGUCCAGCCGGCGUUCAGUCCGGUGCAGCCGGAGUCCAGUCCAGUGAUCCAGCAGGUUUAAAGUGGUAUCUGCAUGGACUGUCAGUGGAGAGAAAUGAUUAUGGAUUUGGAGUGACAUGAGGAAAUUGUUAAGCUUGAUUGAGCCUGACGUGCCUAUGUGUCUAUCUCAACAAAUACCUGAGACACUCGUCAAAGAAUAUGUG